CAUGGGAUGGAGGAAGUACUAAAUCACUAGAUCCACUCUCGUUUUCGGCAAUCCCGAUCGUCCAUGGACAUCUGGAACCGAGCUCGCUCCUUCGCCGAGGAAGCGGCCAAGAAAUCUCACGAGCUCAGGCAGUCCAUCGCCGCCGCCAACAUCUCCGAAGUCGUCUCCGAGGCAUCCAAGCGCUCCAAGGAGCUCGCCGCCGAGGCUCUCAAGCGCGCCGAUCAGAUCACCGCUCAGAUUCCCCCCGUCACCGUUGCCAACCUCUCCGACGUCGUCUCCGAGGCCUCCAAGAGAUCCAAGGAGCUCGCCGAUCAUAUCACUGCUCAGAUUCCGCCCGCCGCCGCCGCCAUUACCAAUCUCGUUGACUCCAAGCCCCGCAUUGACGACGACGCCGAUCUCGAAAAGUAUGGGGUCACUGAUGAGCUGAGGCACUUUGUCAAGGAAAUUACCAUUAACACCUUCCAGGAUUUCCCGCUAGAAGAUGACUCAGGGGAAUCUGAGGUUCCUAUGGUUUCAAAUAUCCGACAGGACCUUACUGAGUGGCAAGAAAAGCAUGCGAAGCUUGUUCUAUUAACUGUGAAGGAAGUUUCAAAGCUAAGGUAUCAGCUGUGCCCGCGAGUGAUGAAAGAAAGGAAAUUCUGGAGAAUCUACUUCAUUCUAGUUAAGAGCCAUGUUGCUCCAUAUGAAUUACGCUACAUGGAUGAUGUAAAGAAUAAAACCGUUGAAAAGGUGAAAGAUACUGAAGUGAAGGAAGUUUCAUCAGGUGAAACAUCUCCUGAGAAAGCAGAUGAGAUUACAAAACCCAAAAGCAAUCAUACAGAGAAAAAAGCUUAUGAGCAAGAUUUAGAUGCAUUUCUUCUUGGAGACCUUGAGGAUGGUGAUGAUGGUCAAGAUGAUGGAGACGAUGGCUUUGAUGAUGAUUUUUGACUGGAUAUAGCUUGGAAAAUGCGAAAGGAUGGCCUGAAGCCAAGCAGGUAAUGGGGACGAGAUGAUCAUAGUUUUGAGGUUCUGAAAAGAGCAGUGUUUUGUUAUGAAGAUAGGCAUCAAGAUGCAAUCCAGUUACCAAUCGUAAAUUCUGUCUUCUCAAAAGAGCAGUGUUUUGUGAUCUUGACGUAUCAGACCACUGGAGCCCAUCUAAGCCCUUCAAUUAAGUUGUUAUUCAUAAAUUAUUAAAUAAAAAAAAAACAAAGUAUAGGACAUUGAAUUAUUUUGCCUACCAUAUCAAAAACAAAAUAUAUUUAAAA